AUGCCUGUGGCCGGCCUCAAACAACUGGUGACAGAAUACCGACCACCAUCGCUGCUGUCUCUCUCCGGCGAACUCCGCAACGAGGUAUACAGCAAUCUCCUGCCAAAUUCCUCGAACAUACGGGAAGUGAAGGGCUUGUUGCUAUCGUGCAAACAGAUCCGAGCCGAGUUCCACGGCUUACUGAUGCGAUGCGCCGAAGAAGCCCUCGAAGUGUCGAAGCAGGUCCACCUUCAUACCCCUCAAGUAAAAACAUAUGCGCAACUUCGGAAUGUCACCGUUCAGUUAUGCUGCACCUACGGUAGAGCGAGUGAUCAUCGGGAAAGUCGCAACGAAGGAAGCUUCGUUCAGGCUUUCGCAUACCUUCGAGCUUUGCUGGCGCUGUAUCUUACCUACGUCACGGUAGCAGUUCCCCUCCAGUUCCAAGCAGACUUCGACAUGCAGCAACCUCUCGUGCGGUUCUGUGUGCUCCAGAACAGUUUAGAGACGUUCAAGAUCUGUAAUCACGAUGGGACGGCGAAUGCCAAACGCAUCAUCUUCGACUACACGUCAGCCUUGAUUAGACCGCUCCCAAAACCAGGACAUAGACCACAUAUGGCCUUUCUAAGAAGAGAAAGCCGAUCGCACGCAAGGCCCGAUAUGCAAUGCUUGGACAUGAUGCCCAAUGGUCAGCGGCUAGAGACGGAUGAGCGCAUGAUGGCGGCACUCGAAGAAAUGAUCAGGUUAAGCCGCCAAGCGAGCGAUGCAACAGCAAGUAGAGAGGCAUAG